UGAGCCGAAAGAGAAUCAAUGCGCAUGCGCAAAGUAAAUCUGGCUCUCAUAGUCCCUGGUAGUCUGUUAAGGAAACUCGUCGCUGCGACCCGAGGGCCAAGAUUUCAUUUUUUCCCUAUUAAAGGAUUAAACAUUGCAGUUUUUGUUUCCAGGCUGUGUGAGGGAUGAGGCACUGUCUCUUGCUGCUCCCUGCACUCCUGCUGCUGCUGGCUCUGCCGGACACCAGGGGGCGCUAUAACGACGACUUCGAUGACGGCGAAGACCUGACUGAGUUCGACGACAACGACUUCGCCGAGUUUGAAGACGUCGCAGACGAGGCGGCAGUUGAGGUGGAGAAAGAGCCUCCAACCAGACCGCCGCCUUCAUCCGCUCUCGAGGAGGACGAUGAGGACGAAGCCACGGUGGAGAACGAGGACGGGCAAGAUGAGUUUGAGGACGGAGAUGGACAGGAUCAAGACAUCUACAGCAUGUACGACAACGAGGAGUUUGAGGGCCAUGAUACGACCAACCCGUCCAACAAGGACACGCUCAUCUACCGGGAGGUCCCAGCACAUCUGCAGAACAGCUGGGAGAGCUACUACAUGGAGAUCCUGAUGGUGACGGGCCUCCUGGCGUACAUCAUGAAUUACAUCAUUGGCAAGAACAAGAACAGCAGGCUGGCCCAGGCUUGGUUUAACUCGCACAGGGAGCUGCUGGAGAGCAACUUCGCCCUCGUCGGUGAUGACGGGACGAGUAAGGAGCCGACCAGCACAGGGAAGCUGAACCAGGAGAACGAGCACAUCUACAACCUGUGGUGCUCAGGACGUGUCUGCUGUGAAGGCAUGCUCAUUCAGCUCAAGUUUCUUAAAAGACAGGAUCUGCUCAACGUUCUGGCCAGGAUGAUGAGACCUGUUUGUGACCAAGUGCAAAUCAAAGUAACACUAAAUGACGAGGACAUGGACACAUUCGUGUUUGCAGUCGGACACCGGAAGGCCAUGGGACGCAUGCAGAAGGAGAUGCAGGACCUGAGCGAGUUCUGCGGGGACAAGCCCAAGUCGGGGGCGAAGUACAACCUCCCUGAGUCUCUGACCAUCCUAUCAGAGAUGGGCGAGGUCACGGAUGGAGUGAUGGACAACAAGAUGGUACAUUACAUCACUAACAAUGCCGACAAAAUCGAGUCCAUCCAUUUCUCGGACCAAUUUUCUGGUCCAAAAGUUAUGCAAGAGGAGGGUCAGCCCUUAAAGCUCCCUGAGACCAAGAAAACGCUGCUGUUUACAUUUAAUGUGCCUGGAAUGGGUAACACUUCUCCCAAAGACAUGGAUGGCCUGCUGCCACUUAUGAACAUGGUGAUCUACAGCAUUGACAAAGUCAAGAAGUUGCGCCUCAACAGAGAGGGGAAGAUGAAGGCAGAAAAGAACCGUGCCCGGGUUGAGGAGAACUUCCUGAAGCAGACUCACGCUCAGAGGCAGGAAGCUGCGCAGACACGCCGGGAGGAGAAAAAGAGAGCGGAGAAAGAGCGAAUAAUGAACGAGGAGGACCCUGAGAGACAGCGCCGUCUAGAGGAGGCCGUUCAGCGCCGAGAGCAAAAGAAAAUGGAGAAGAAGCAGAUGAAGAUGAAGCAAAUUAAAGUGAAAGCCAUGUAAAACCAUCAACCCACCCACACACACACACACUGCUUCCAUAGCUGCUGGCAUCUAAGAAUGUAUCUUCUUCUUCCAUCGAUCGCUAAUAUCCAAACCUGUACCUGUUCGACAGAUACUUCACUAUCGGGUCAUGUUUUGUUUCAAAAACGCUCCGCCGCUGUCCAGUCCUGACCGAGAGAGUGGAAUUUUAUCGUAGUCAGAUUAAUUGGGUGUGGGUGUGUGUGCGAAUGUUUCCAACUAUUGUAAUAUCGUUGACAUCACUGUUUCUAACAAAGGGCUGGUGUAGAAAUCGAACAUACAAACCCCUUUCAACAAAGCAAAUCAUUUUAUAAUUUAAAUUUCAAGCAUUUAAUCACAGGGUGAAAUAUUAAUGCAAUUUCUGAUGGUUUGAUAUGAAUUUAAAAAAUAAAAAUCAAUAAUAAUCUUAACACUUAAAGAAAAACGGCUUUGGAAUAAAAAUUUGUAAUACACGAGUUUCACCGCAUGAAUUAAACCUGCUGUUUGCAGGGGGAAUGUAAACACACUCCUGGUUUAGCAGCGUCUGAGCAGUCGCCUUUCAUUUCUACACUUUAUUUAUGAGAGAUUAUUGAAUGUUAGUAUGUAGUAUCGCGUGAAAGCAAAUGCGCUCCCUUGAAAUGCAGUAGACGAAGAGAGAAGUUACGAUUGAAGCUACUGAACUGCCACUGAAGAAAGAAGAACGUCCCUUUUUUCCUCUCUCUCCCUCGUAUGCCAGUUUAACGAGUAGAAAGACGCACGGUUCGAGCAAUUCCGAGUUUUUAAUCGUUCUAAAAAAUAGAUUCCCUUCAAUAAUAUUAGUUUCCCAGUAACUGCUUUUAUAACAAAAAAUGAAUAAUUAUUGAAACAAAUAAAAGUUAAUUCUGUGAUUUGCAUUAUGGCCGUGCACUGGAUCUGAAUUUGCUUACUCAACAUUUCUGUCCCUCAGAUUAGAACCACCCUUAUUUUCUCAGCUCUGCUUUGGUGUUUUUUUUUUUUUUUGUUUUUUAAAUAAAUAUACAAAUGACUAAUCAAAGAAACAGAAAAGGCUGGAGAUUUUCAUUUCCAUUUUUCAUCUCGAGGACUUGUUUAGCGGUUGACACCACUUCUUUAAAGAUAUCGACCAGAUCUCUCCUGUAGCUCAAUACAGAACUUCCGCAUCACCUGUUCGUGCUCUGAUCUGUUCAGCGUGUCAGGAUUCUUCCACGUCAGAGGGUGAUGUCUCGUCUCGUCUCGUCUCGUCUCGAUUUCAGAGCUGUAGUUGCCCUGCUCUCACCAGCCAACCCAGUUUUUACCACGAGCCGAACAGAUUUGUAGACUCCAUGUCCAUGCCAUCGUUGACCCACUGCACUUACUUUAUGUAUUUAAUGUGUUUUUUUUUUUCUUGAUUGGUUCAUGCGCACAAGAAGCGCUUCAGUUUCACGCCGAACAAAAGGAAUAAAACAUGCACUGAACUGUUUAACUCAAA